AAAUAAUAGUUUUCAGCCCAAGUUAAUGACAUUGGAUAAUUUCCCACUGCCACCUAGUGGUCUGUCACGACCCACCAGUGUGCCAGGGCACAGGGGUUGAGAAUCACUGAUGUAGAGAAAUACUUAUAACUUUUUUGACUGUCCCUCAUACAGAAGGGCACUCUUAUUUCCAAAAUCACAAAGGAGUGAGACUAAAACCUUGUGGAGACUUUUUUUAAAAAAACUUUUUACAUGUGUUUUAAUGUAGAACAAACAUUUCCUGUCUGUAAAAGGUGAGGCAGCUGUUACUGGCUGUGACCUUUAGUCCUUCCUCAUUCCUGCGCAGUUUUAUAGAGAAAGUAGUGACACAUUUAUUGUAAUAAAUAUUGUUGGUGACAGUGACUUCUGCUUAAAUCAAAUAUCCAUUUGUUUAGCUACAGUAUAUGUUGUUUUUUUUUGUUUGGUUUUGUUCCUUAGCUGAAAGCUAGGUGGGAAAGUAAGAUGGUCUUAGACAGAUAUCAACAAUUAACUCUGGUGUCAGUGGACGAGCUACACAACCCAUUCAACAGAACCAUGUGACACAAUACAGAUUACAGAGGAACUUUGGCCAGGUAUAUCUAAUGACACAGUGAGUGGAGGAGUGUCAGGAGAUUUCUGCCUCAGAGCAGCGUGGUGAGCCUGUCAGUGGACAACCUCAAGUUUGGACUAAGAUGGAUGGUCAGCUCAUCUCCACAGGAACGGACAUACAAACUCAGCAAUGCGCGACGCCUGACAGCGCCAUAUGCCGCAUCUGUUAUGACAGUGACGUCCAGGAGGAACUGCUGACCCCCUGUCAGUGUUCAGGCAGUUUGGCCACCGUUCAUCGCAGCUGUCUGGAGCACUGGCUCUCCUCUUCAGGAACAACCUUCUGUGAGCUCUGCCACCAACAUUUCAUUGUACAGAAGAAGUCCAGGAUGCAAAUGGAGUGGAUGGAGAGGCCGGAAGUUCGUCGAGGAAAGCCGAGUCUGUUUGGGGACAUGGUGUGUUUCCUGUUCAUCACGCUCCUGGCCACAGCCUCUGUCUGGCUGUGCCUCCGUGGAGCCAUGGAUUACCUUUACAUGACCAGCAGACUAGAAGCAUUGGGCCUCAUCGCACUGACUGUGGCCCUCUUCACCAUCUACCUUUUCUGGACUCUGGUGUCUCUUCGUCAUCGCUGUCGGAUGUACAACGAGUGGAGACAGUCCAAACAGACAGUCAUCAUCUUGGCCAGGUUACACAACGAACAGUCAGCCAUAGGUCCCUCACAGGGCCCACCACAUGGGAAGCAACCGCUCCUCGGUUCCCCUGUCUGAACACGGAUCAGUUCAAAACUGUCUCUUUACAGAACGUCCUACUUUCAAACACUUAGGACACUUACGACAUGCUGAUGUCUAACCAGCAACUUAUUCUAAGGAUGUUUGUGGAUGAACACAAACACACUGUCAACUGAUGAAGAGCCCGACCCUGAUUGAAGAGACUGGAGUUGAGCAACUGUUGGAUCAGUCACGGAGCUUCUACAUCAUCUAAAACUGAGAAUAUCAAUACAAUUCAAUGUUGUGUGAAACAUAAAGAAAACAGAAAUAAGCCAAUUCAUUUUUUCAGUUAAAGUUACUGUUCCUAGAACGAUUUGCUUAUACUUCAUAU